CGCGCUCGGAGCGGCGUACUGACAUCACUUCCUGUCGUAGGCAGUACCAGAGUGUGAGUGGCGCGUGUGGACUGUGAGCAUGCCUAAAUCAAAGGAGUUGGUUUCCUCAAGCUCAUCUGGAAGCGAUUCUGAUAGCGAGGUUGACCUGAAGGCAAAGAGAAAAAAGCAGCCUCCACCAGAGAAGGAGAAGCCAACAAAGAAACAGAAGACAGGAGAAAGUUCUAAGGCACCUGCCAAACAGAGCAAGAACGAUGCAGAUGACAACAUGUUUCAGAUUGGUAAGAUGAGGUACGUCAGUGUCCGGGACUUCAAAGGAAAAGUGCUGAUUGACGUUCGAGAAUAUUUCAUGGAUCAGCAAGGGGAGAUGAAACCUGGAAGAAAAGGAAUCUCAUUAAAUCCGGAGCAGUGGAGCCAGCUGAAGGAACAAAUGUCUGACAUUGAUGAUGCAAUAAGAAAACUGUAACCUCCAUCCAGUGGCAACACAACCUCAUGUUUUAGUUUUAAGCACUCUCUUUACAUUUGACGUUUUUCAUUUUUUACUUUUGUGUUAUGAGCUCUUGUACAUUUUGGAUUGCAAAACAAUUUGUAAGAUGAAGCAUUUUUAUGUGCAUUAAAAUUGCUCAGAUUUGAUUUGAAA